AUUUGAACAUAUUGAAUCAUGUACGUAAUGUAAAUUUUAUACAAUUUAAUUGCAAACUAUAAUUUUUUAAAAAUAAAAUUAAUAAACAAUUCAGAUCGGAAGAGUAUACAAAUUCUCAAAUGUGUUAAUAUCACCAGCAAAUAAAUUAUAUAAUAGUAUGAAAAACACGUUUGAGUUAAAAUUGUAUGAAGAGACAGAAGUUGAAGAAAUUGAAGAGGAAGAUGAAGCAUCAAAAAGAUUAAAUACUUUUAAUUUUGUAAAAAUAAAGGAAAUAGAUUUAAUUCCAGCGAAAAAAGUAAUUGAUACGUUUGGAAUAAUAAAAGUCAUCUCCGAUGAUAUUGAAGUCACAGUGACGGGUAAUAAAGUAACAAAGAGACAUGUAACAAUUUCAGAUGAAAAUAAUAAAACAAUUGAUUUGGUAUUUUGGGGGGAAUCGGCAAAAAACUUUAAUGAGGAAAUAGACUCAAUUAUCACUGUUAAAGGCGGCAAAAUUAAUGAUUACCGAGGUGUCAAAUCAUUAUCAAUAAUUUUGAAUUCACAAAUUUUGAUAAAUGAUUUCGAAAAUGAAGAAAUAAAAAAUUUUCAAUUAAAAUUAUCCACUUAAAGAAAAAAAAAGAAAAUGAAAAUAACUCAGGAAUAAUUAAUAAUAAUCCAUUUUUCCUAACGAAGAAAAAUGAUAAUCGAAUUACAUUAAAAUUAUUUAAUGUAAAAAAUUAUAAUAUACUUUCAUCGAGACGAGGCAAGACGAAUAUUACCGAAGAUACUCGAAUACACAAAAUGUCUUUUAUUCAAAGUGUCUUACUUUGAAAACGUCUUAAAUUAGCAAAAAUGACUUAAAUAAAGACACUUUUACCGUCUACAUUACAUGUCUUAAAUUAUAAGCACUGAAAGUGACUUGUUUACAUUUGUAAGACGCAAGAAGUGUCUCUAAUUUUUAGUCACUUUGCAUAAAAGACAGAUGAAUUAGUCAUUUAUUCCAGACUAGACGUUUUCAAAACGUCUAAUGUCUUAAAAUAAGACGUUUUGAAGACGCUAGUUUUUGCAGUGAUGUAUUAAUAAAUAAAAUUAAACAAUAUUGUUAUUGAAAAAUAAAAAUUGUGCAU